AUGUUUAAUAUACAAUACCCGCCUAUUUAUCAGGAAAAGAAUGUUGCGAGGAAAAAUAAUUCUGUUUUGAACGCAGAAUUUGGUUGUGUGAAUUUGGAGUACUCUGUUCAACCAAAAGAUAAGUCGAUGAAAAUCCUGAUCUACAACAUCAAGACGGAAGGAAUUCAUAAAUUCGGAAUGAAAAACUUCGAUAGUAGAGAUGAAAAGGACGAUUUGGUAUUGGAUGUCAACGGUGUGAAGCUUCACUGCCACAGUCAGAUUCUAUCUCAAAACUCGGAGAUCUUCAAAACUAUGAUCAAGGAGAACGAAGGGUCUUCUGAAAUCUGUUUGAAGGAUUCGAUUCCCCUCGAGGAUCUUCAAGAGCUUCUUCAUUACCUCUACUUACCUUGUGAGCCGGUAGAUGAUCAUAACUUCCGACAGUUGCUUCAUUGGGGACAUAAGUUCGAAACGUACAACCGAUGCAAUACGGUUAGAAAUCUUCCUUCUGUCUUGGAGAUACUCCAUGAAACACUUGAAGAGGUUUUAUGCUGUCAGAACUAUUCGCUUUGA